AUGUGUAAAACUUGUCGCUACCUCCUGCCCUGUGGCGCGAUACAAUACUACCAUACUAUCUCCUGUUUCGACAGGAAUUGCACUGAUCUAACGACAACGCUAGAAGACGUUACUCUCACCGGCGGUUGUGAGACUUGGAAGGCUCACACUUGCUUGAACAAUGCAUGGGAGGAUUUGAUUCUUGGAUAUGCUGAGCAUGAAACUAAUAAGGAGGUGGAGUUGCAUCACGAGGAGAAAGGGGAAAGAAGAGAAGUGGAAGUAAAGGAAAGAGGUGAGAAAGAGCACAUUGAGGAGGCAAGGUGGUUGAGUAUUGUGUUGAGCAGGAGGUAUCAUGCUGGGGGACAAUAUCGAUGGAAUUUGGCGGGUGGUUCGCGGUUCAAUGUGAGCGCUGUUAUCAAGUCGACUGUGGAGAAGGACCAAGGAAAGGUGGACAGUGUGUACUUGUCCCACUCACCUAGCCAUCUUCGCACUCUGAUUUCUGUCCAAUUUCUUUACUGUCCAUUGUCUCGUCAAGCCCCGACCUCAACGUGUCGCUGUCCUCGCAGAUCAGACAGAUGGCGUCUCCAGCCAAAUCGGUACGAGCUCCUAGAAGCAGCGCCGUCAGGCGCUAAAGUGGUUGUCUUUAGCUUCGACACGACUGCCAUGUUGACCGUGCGUGUCGGCGGAGAGUCCAAUCAGAAAGACUUCGUUGUGCAUGAAUCUUUCCUCACUGCCCGCUCAGAGUUCUUCCGCCGUGCCAUGAAUGGCAGUUGGGAGGAGGCCGAAUCGCGGGUUGUCAAGUUACCACAGGACGAGCCGGAGAUCUUUGCGCUGUACCUCAACCAUGUCUACACGGGUCGUCUUCCCAGUAUAAGCAAAACAGAAGAAGAACUAAGCGCACUCGCUAUCGGGGAAUUUAGAACGAUUACAACUGCGGAGUACGACGAGAUGGUUGGUCUCUUCAUUCUGGCCGAUAAAUUCCAGGAUGUUGCUUCCAAAAACGCCGCUAUCACGUCUAUCUUCGAGAUAUCUCUACACAUCAGGUCAGACGGAAAGUUCAAAAUUCCUUCGCCUGCACAAGUUCGAAUCAUGUAUCGGCAUACAUCAGAAGGAGCAAAUAUCAGAAGACUGGUCGUCGACCUUUGGAGCAGCAUGUCACCAGAACAUAUCUUCGAAUACGCUUCCCGUCUGCCCCAAGAUUUCUUGAGGGAUCUUGCUGUAGCUUUGCGUCGCGACAGAAAACACGCAGACAAUACAGCCAGAGCCAACGGCGCGAAAUCAUACAUUGAGACGCCGCAAGAAAGUCAAAGCGCACCGGAACCUGCUAGCUCUUAGGAUAUUGGUGGAUCGCGAAGCAUACGAAAAGUGACGAUGAUGAACAUACGGGAAGGGACGAGUAGAAGGGCGAUAGUAGACACUACGAGAACAACCCACGAGAUGAGAAGCUAGAAGCCUGCUCGCUGU